UUGAAUAAUAACAAAAAGAAAUUAGACAUUUCAAUAAUCUCACAUUUCAUUACAUAAGCAAAAGAAAGCGAAGCAUUAUUCUCUCAUCGUCGCGAUCUCUCUUCCUCGCUCAUUCAACCCUAUCUUUCGAUCUCCGUUUUCCACUCAGGUUUGAAUUUAGGAUUAGGUAAUCAUGUUUGGUGUUGCGAGGCGAAGGGUUGCUUCUGGCGGCACAUCUUCGUUGCUGAAAUUAAGGUCUGGCCCUGCUAGGGUUUCUUCCGUUUUGGAAAAAGAGAUUGCAUUAAGCUCAGGAAGCUGUGGGAAUGUUCGAAAUUUCAGUCACAUAACACCUGGACGCUUGAUUAAUUCCAAACCAACAAGGGAUGUCUUUCAUCAGGAGGUUUCCAUUCAAACAUGGAGGCGUUCAUUUUCUUCGGAUAAUGGAGAUACUGUUGACGUUGUGGUGCCUCCAUUGGCUGAAUCCAUCGAAGAUGGGACUCUUGCGAAAUUUCUGAAAAGGCCUGGUGACAGGGUUGCUGCUGAUGAACCCAUUGCUCAAAUUGAAACAGAUAAGGUGACAAUUGACGUUUCAAGUCCUGAGUCAGGUGUUAUUCUGAAGCUUCUAGCCAAUGAAGGUGAUACUGUUGAGCCAGGUCACAAGAUAGCAAUCAUAUCAAGGUCUGCUGAUGCUACUCACGUUGCGCCAUCUGAGUCAGCACCUGAAAAGCCUGCUCCCAAGCCAACUCCAAAAGCUAGUGAACCCGAGGAGAAGAAAGCUCCUAAAGUUGAAACUGCUACAAAAGAGAAGCCUAAAGCACCUGCUCCUCAAAGCUCUCCAUCUGAGCCACAACUUCCUCCUAAGGAAAGAGAAAGACGAGUUCCUAUGACAAGGAUUAGGAAACGGGUUGCUACACGGUUGAAAGAUUCCCAAAACACAUAUGCUAUGUUGACAACCUUCAAUGAAGUUGAUAUGUCUAAUUUAAUGAAACUCCGUGCUGAUUAUAAGGAUGCUUUUGUUGAAAAGCAUGGAGUCAAAUUGGGACUUAUGUCUGGAUUUAUCAAAGCUGCUGUCAAUGCACUUCAACAUCAACCGAUUAUAAAUGCCGUCAUUGAUGGGGAUGAUAUUAUAUACAGAGAUUAUAUUGAUAUCAGCAUAGCUGUUGGAACUCCAAAGGGACUUGUUGUGCCAGUUAUCCGGAAUGCUGAUACAAUGAACUUUGCGGAUAUAGAGAAACAGAUCAAUACUUUUGCAAAGAAGGCUAAUGCUGGAACUUUAUCAAUUGAUGAGAUGGCUGGAGGCACUCUAACAAUAUCAAAUGGCGGUGUUUAUGGCAGUCUUUUAAGUACCCCUAUUAUCAACCCUCCUCAGUCGGCAAUCUUGGGUAUGCAUUCGAUUGUGAGCCGUCCAUCUGUUGUUGGAGGAGUGGUUGUUCCAAGGCCACUGAUGUACAUUGCUCUAACAUAUGAUCAUAGAAUCAUUGAUGGAAGAGAGGCAGUGUUCUUUCUGCGACGCAUCAAAGAUACUGUGGAGGACCCUCGCAGGCUUUUGCUCGACAUAUAAACUGAAUCUCAAAGUCGUUAAAAGUAAAUUAAACCUCUUAGAAUUCUAUUACCAUAAUGGGCACCCCUUUGUUUGGCUCUUGAAUUGCGGCGUGGUUUACAGUAUUUAUAUUCAUUGAGCAAGUUCUUUAGGAUCAAAUCUCAGUUUAUCUGACAAACUCAGCAUGUUUGUACUUUCCUUUCACCUAUUCCCUCAAAAAAUUGAGGGUCCACAGUUUUUGGCUCAUAAAUUGUAUGAAACGACUUCUAAGCAUAUUACGGAUUCCCUGAAGUAAUACUGCUGUUUAAGUUCAUGGUACAAUUUGCUACUAUAAUUUUGCAAUAAAAGAAAUUUUUUGAACA